ACCAUUUCUACAACAAUUACAUUCUAACUCUCAAAAUGUCUUCCACAACCCUCAUUGCCUUUUCCCUUAUUGUCACACUAGUUUUCUCUAACAACCUCCAAACCAUCGCGGCACGUCGCCUCUCGUCGAUCCCUGGAGUCCCUGGUCUCCCCUCGUCGAUCCCUGGAGUCCCUGGUCUCCCCUCGUCGUUCCCUGGAGUCCCUGGUCUCCCCUCAUUGCCACCGUUUCCCGGUUUGCCUCCCUUCACCCCAUCCAAUGGCCUCCCUACAUUGCCAACGCCUCCCUUCACCCCACCCACUGGCCUCCCUACACUACCAUUGCCUCCGUUUAACCCGUCGCUUCCCAACUUCCCGUUCCCUAUCGGUACACCCUCUAUUGUUCCGCCGGUUGCAGGGAUAUUCACUCCUCCAGUAGCUGGAACCGUUAAUCCAUGAAGUUUUACGUAGGCUACAUGGAUAUGUUAUUAUUUUCCAUAAUAUGGUGUUAUUAUUAUAUAUGUAAUGUUUGAUGUUUGAUGGUUAUAAUUCAAGAUUAUGACUGUGGAGAUUAUGUAUGUUGGAUUCCUAGAGCUUUAAAGAUUGUUUAAUCGUUUAAAAUGUGUUGGGUUUUGGUUUUGAUGUUUUAA